GUCUGGGCCGGCCCGGCGCUCCUUCUGCUUCCGCGCCCAGGCCCCGCAGGCCGAGCUCCUCCCCCGGCUCGGCCUCUGUCCCCUCCCCUGCCCUCUCUCCUCCUCCUCCUCCUCUUCCUCAGUGAGGCGCUCCUCCAGCAGCCAGGCAGCAUGGCGGCUGUGGAGACGCGGGUGUGCGAGACGGACGGCUGCAGCAGCGAGGCCAAGCUCCAGUGUCCCACCUGCAUCAAGCUGGGCAUCCAAGGCUCGUACUUCUGCUCCCAGGAAUGUUUUAAAGGAAGUUGGGCAACUCACAAGUUACUGCAUAAGAAAGCAAAAGAUGAAAAGGCCAAGCGAGAAGUGUCUUCCUGGACUCUAGAAGGUGAUAUUAACACUGAUCCGUGGGCAGGCUAUCGAUAUACUGGUAAACUCAGACCACAUUAUCCACUGAUGCCAACAAGGCCAGUGCCAAGUUAUAUUCAAAGACCAGAUUAUGCUGAUCACCCGUUAGGAAUGUCUGAAUCUGAACAGGCUCUUAAAGGUACUUCUCAAAUUAAAUUACUCUCAUCUGAAGACAUAGAAGGGAUGCGACUUGUAUGUAGGCUUGCUAGGGAAGUAUUGGACAUUGCUGCUGGCAUGAUUAAACCUGGUGUAACUACUGAAGAAAUAGAUCAUGCUGUACACUUAGCAUGUAUUGCAAGAAAUUGUUAUCCCUCUCCCCUGAAUUAUUAUAAUUUCCCAAAGUCUUGUUGUACUUCAGUGAAUGAAGUCAUAUGCCACGGGAUUCCAGACAGACGGCCCUUGCAAGAAGGUGAUAUUGUUAACGUGGACAUCACUCUUUAUCGCAAUGGCUACCACGGGGACUUGAAUGAGACGUUUUUUGUCGGAGAUGUGGACGAGGGAGCACGGAAACUGGUUCAGACCACGUAUGAGUGCCUGAUGCAAGCCAUUGAUGCAGUGAAACCUGGUGUUCGAUACAGAGAAUUGGGAAACAUUAUUCAGAAGCAUGCCCAAGCAAAUGGGUUUUCAGUUGUUCGAAGCUAUUGUGGGCAUGGAAUCCACAAGCUUUUUCAUACAGCCCCUAAUGUACCCCAUUAUGCCAAAAAUAAAGCAGUUGGAGUGAUGAAGGCUGGCCAUGUAUUUACAAUUGAGCCAAUGAUUUGUGAAGGUGGAUGGCAGGAUGAAACCUGGCCAGACGGUUGGACCGCCGUGACGAGAGACGGAAAGCGGUCUGCUCAGUUUGAGCACACCCUGCUGGUCACGGACACUGGCUGUGAAAUCCUGACCCGGCGACUUGAUAGCACGCGGCCUCACUUCAUGUCCCAAUUUUAAUUUCUCCCGAGAUGGCACAUCUCAGUAAUACCUUCUGGCUGUACCAUGCAUUUUUAUUGAGAGUACAGAAUGGAAGAGGAGAUUUUUAUUACGUGUUUUGUUUUGACUAUAGAUAAGGAAGACUACAGCAUUGGAUGUGUGUCCUCAAGAACUUGACUUGGGUCUGAAAAAGCUGAGAAGAAUAAAAGAAACAUUCUCAACUCUUUUCAGUAUUCCCCUCUCCCUCCAGAAAUCUCUGCACCCCUGUUUUCUCACUUGGCCUUUGAGCACUUUUUACGUAAACCUGCUUCUAGUUGCUUUUAUCACUGCCACAACUGGGCCAGCAAGAGCCAGCUGCUCUUCAGGUGAAUGUGGAAGAUGAGAAUCCUUGAAACUUUAGCAACAUAUGUUGUUCCAGAUUUUUUUUAUUAUAUAUGUAUGAAAAUAUAUAUGUAUACAUUUUAAAUUCCAUGUAUGUAAUUCCUGAACACUAUAUGACCUGGGUUUGUGUUAAUUCUGCCCUGACAGUGCUAUAUGCUGUCAUAAAUGGACCCAUUGUUUGCAGUGAUUUAUUUCCCAGUUGGGAAUUUGGCCUCCCUCCUUCCCCAUGCUACUUAUUUACCCUUGUAAUUGUGUGUAAGGAAGCACUCGGUCAGUGAGACUUCCUCUCCAGUGUGGACUCUGUCAGUGAAUGGUUGUGGCAAAAUUCACUUUGGAAAAGGGUUGUCACAUUUUAAAAACAUCUAGUUUCUGGCAAAAAUAGCCAUGCUUCAUAUGAUAGCUGGCUGUUUCAGAGCAUGAGCGUUUUGUGAUACAUUGCUCUUUCAGACCUCUUUCUGGUUGAAAUGGGAGGGAAAAAGCUCCCUUUCUUCCCCUCUAUUUUAUUUCAAGGGCAAACCUUGGAGAUAUUCAGAGAAGGGUGAACGGUUGCACUGUGGAGGUUGAUGGGAAGAGACAGUUCUGAAAUCUCUUUGGCAGUGAGCAGAGUAAGUCAGGUGGGCUGUUAGCUUCUGACAUUUAGUAAACCUGGUAGUGAUGAGAAAGGAACUUCUUUGAAGAUUGUACUGUUCCCUUGCAGUAGAGAUGCAGCUGUCCGUGGUGUGUUGAAAACACACUUUACCUUGACAUGGUUGGGAACCUCAUUAGAAAUGACCCCAGCUGCCCAAUAUCUUUGUUCCUUUCAGUAGUUCAGUCCAAAUGGAAGUGUAUCCAGGGAACACGUAUCAGAUCAAAGUCGUUGUCAUUGGAGUGUACUUGAUUACUGGGUAUCUGGUAACUUUCUUGUAAGAUAAUUUGAUACCACUGACAUGUUAUAUGAGAACAUCUUUCCCAGAGUGCCUCAGACCUUUAUUGCUUUAAAAGAAUUAUGAUAAUGUUUUCAUUACUUUUAUUAUUUUAAUGAUUUAGUGAAGUGACUGAAUCUGGUAUAGACUUUUGGGGGUAUGUGUGUGAAAUUUUUUAUCAAACUGUAAUAUUUGUGAAUGGAAUGCCUUGCAAUAUGAAUGUUAAUAUAAUGUGUAAAGGGAGAUUAAAAGUUUGAACGAUUAUCCCCUCCCCCCCCCCCCCCCCCCCCCGUGUAGUUAUUAACUUUGCUGCAUUUGUUUGGGGUUUCAGAGGGAAGUGGCGGGAGUAGGGUGGCUGAUUUCAUAAUCUGAAAUAAACUCAUGACCAUUUGAGUGAAGAGUUUUUCGAGUUUAACGACUGCAUAAUUCCAGUACUGUGUUUAGUUCACCAGAGCCUAUCAGCAGUAUUUGAGAUGCAACCAUAGUUUUGAGAGCUUUCAAGACAGAAUGCUGAAUAUUUAGGGAGUCAUUUUAGGUACUGAUGGUGGAAUUAACAGUGUGGGCUUCUUUGAUCAUUAGAAUAUAAGCUCAAGGAAAAAAUAUCUUGAUAGGAUAAUUUUUUUGUAAAAAGGUUAACAUUGGUGAUGAUGCUUUUUUCGGUUUGGUAGAUUUCAAAACAGUAUGGGCUCUAGUCUAAUUGUAUAUAUCUAAUUUAAAAUGUUUAUUAGAGCUUCACGUUUCAUUAUUCUGCCAACUUUUCAGAGUGUAUUAACUUUUUAUUUUUUGUGUCAACUUAAUUUUUUUAAUGUUUGUUUAUUUUUGAGAGAGAGCAUGAGCUGGGGAAGAGCAGAGAGAGGGAGACACAGAAUCCAAAGCAGGCUCCAGGCUCUGAGCUGUCAGCACAGAACCCGAUGCAGGGCUCGACUCCUGAGCUGUGAGAUCAUGACCUGAGCCGAAGUCGGAUGCCAAACCGAUUGAGCCACCCAGCCACCCCUUGUGUCAGCUUUUAAAUUAAUACAUAUAGUUUUUCCUGCCAGUCCUCCAGCCCCCUUGGAAUUACAAUUUAGAAGCAGGGAAACAUUUGCCUUUAAAUUUUAUGUCUUUUGCUGAUGUAGUGGAUUAAGGUACAUUAGGACCCAUUCACUGACACUUUAAUACCACUUGCCACGGGUCGAAAUUUAAUAGGAGGUUGAGGAAUUUGUCAUCUUACCUUGAUUCUUUUGUCCUAUAACUACUAUUUUUUUCUUUGUGUUUGGUUAAGAUUGCAGGCAUGGUGCUUUACUUUUUGCUAAGGCCCCCAGAAUGCACCCUCAUGGUAUCUGUAAGCUGUUUUUU